AUGGACUUAUUCGCCAAAGCAGUCAAAAGUGGCAUAGCCAAGGGCUAUGCUAUUGGGAAGCAGGAGCUUCAACAGCAUCUAGCCAAGCAGCGCGAAUCCAGCUCUCAGUCUGACUACGACAAUACAAGCGGCGACCAUGGCGCACAUCACACUGCUCUGUAUCCGAAUUUCCCACAGCAGUCGCAACAACAGCAACAGACAUACGCUGCAGUGUACAGCGGAGAAUCGCCGCCCUUACCUCCCAGACAGUAUCAGCCACCUCAGCCGCAGCAGCCGAAUUAUGUUACACAACGUUUAUCGCAAAACCUAUCUGCAAACUAUGAAUGCACUGCUCCAGCACGGCCAGAAUACUCAUAUAGCUCCAUCAUGCCGCCACCGCCGCCAUCGUACAUACCGCUAGCCACUGCUGAGGCAGCAUAUUCGCAAGGCGCCUCAUCUCCAUAUAUACAAAAUCAAAACGCAAAUACCUAUAAUGAAAACGUCGCUCUGAUCAACGCCCAGUUUCCUCAGCAGCCUUCGCAUGAAAUUCCUGCAUGCAACCGACCCGUUAAUGUCUCUCUAACACCCACAACGGAGAGCUUUCAUGGGCAGGAGCAGAUACAUGCUCGAGAAGACUCAGAGGUCUUUGUUUUGAACAACGAGACAGGCCGUGUUGUCUUGGUGCAGAAUCAGCCCCCUGAAGAAUCGUACUUGCAUAAUGUUCUUCCUCCGACAGCGCCUGUUGACGAUACCAGGACGCAACAGGACGCCCCGUGCGAGCAAACAGCUGUGAGCGCACCGAUAAUAAUGGCACCGCAAGCAGCAAAUACAAAAGAUGAAACUGCGGCCGACAGAAACCUCGAGAGCUCAGUGUCGACGGGUUCAGUGGAACAGCAGAUGUCCCGUCUCAAGCUGGGUGCCACCCCCAGAUCGCCGGUGGCAGAGCCCGACGGCCGCCAGAAGCCUAAAAAAUAUGCUGAGCUACCUCCGAUACAAAAGAAUGGCCCUGGAAGAGAAAUUGUACGCUUCUGUCCGGAAGACAGGCUAGUUGACUAUCCGCUGUACUGGUACUACCUGGCGGAUCUGCCCAAUUCUCCAAUCUGCACGAGGUGCUACGCGGAUCAUAUCGAGUCCACACCAUUGGCCGCCAAAUUCAGCAGACUUUUGGCCGAAGCCGACACUGUUUUGUCUUGCCAAUUUCGCUACUCCCGCGUACAAGAUAUCAUCUGGCCAGCAGCCUUGAAAACCCACAGCAUCGAUGAUCUCCAGGCGUUUCUUUCCAGCCGGCUUCGCAUCCCCAAUUGCAAAGCGCGAGCAUUUACAACUGGAUCCGAUGGAAUCAAUUACUAUGGGAUGAUAGACGACGGUAUCCCUGGUUUUAUCGCAUGCGAGGCGUGCUUCGAGGAUCGCAUUGCCGGCACAUCAUUUGAGGCGCAGUUCCAGCCAUACCCGACUGAACAGGGCAAGAAUGACACGUGGGUCUGCGAUGUGAGCAUUGUGUAUGUUGAAAAGGCUUUGGUCAGAUUUUCUGAACGCAGCGACUGGCGUGGAUUUGUUGAAGGUGCAACCCGCCGCUUCAAGCUGGCAGCCUGCGAAGGCAAGGAACAAGCAAGGGCGGACAGUGGAAACUGGUACACGACGCGGCAAAGGAUGGACAAUUUUCAAGUUUGCGAAGCAUGCUACAUGGACAAGGUCGAGCUUGACCUCUUUUCUGGCGAGUUUGAGCAGCUUCCAGGGUCGGUCGACUUUGACCAGUACAUUGAGUUCUUGCGCCAGCGGUGGACAUGCUCGCUGACAAGCAGCUCGCUGCCCAUGAUCUUUGCGCUGGAUGCCGCAGAGAAAAAGCAGGAUUUUGCCGCAUUUCACACAUCCGCUGCGGCCAUUGCCAAAUUGGUUCCCUGCACGAAGUACGGCAUCGUUCGCGGCAAUUGGUGGGCCAUCACCGGCACCGACAAGAAUUUCGACCUCUGCGAGGCCUGCUACGAGGGCAUCAUGAAGCCCGACGGGCUUGACAAGUUUCUGGAGCCGAAGCAGCACGGCCCUGAGGAGACCAUCGUCUGCGACUUCUGCCCUGCGGCGCCGCGCUUCGGAGAAUACUUAAAGAAAUUUGCCGAAACGCUGGACCGCGGCAUCUUUAGCUGCUACGCCGACUAUAUUCGGGAUUUCGCUGGCGUUACGGCGUGUCCGGGCCGCGAGAGCCUCGACAAGAGCAAGUGGUGGGGGUUCGGCGAAGCGCUCUUCUGCGAAGACUGCUACCUGCAAUUUGUCAGACAUACUUCUCUCAGCGACCACAUGCCGUUGCAGGGCGAAUACGACGAGCGCGCGCAAAUCUGCCAGAUUUGGUCGCCACGCAUGCGCAACAUGUGGCGCGCGGUAUGCGACGCGGGCGCGCCGGGCUCUGCAGAGUCCGAUGCUGAGUUACUCAAGUUCCGCGCGUUUGGCACUAAGAGGCUGGCGGUGUGGCUUCAGACAGUGCCCCGGAUCUUGUUCAUCCGCGGUAUGAAGGACAUCAAGAUGAUGCAGGCCAUGCAGCAGGGACAGCUGAGCCUCAUGUACUCGGGAAUGAACAGCAUGGCGGCCAUAUCUGGUACAGACGACGGGACUCGAUAUGGAAACAGCUCGCUGGGCUGGUACGAGACGGAAAACGGAGCGACUGGGGCGCAAAUGUUCCAAAAUAUGCAGACGGGCAUGGCGGAUGCGAACCGCGGCGAUGAAUGGAUGCAAAUAUUUCAACUAGAGCUGGCAUGGAAAGAAGUGGAGUGA